AUGGCGUCGACAUCGGCACCACUGCCAUCGGCUCCUGCGCCAACGAGCUCGGCAACGCAUCUGGGCCUUCUUCCGGAAAUUCCCCGAGCGAGCUCCAUUAUUGUGAUUGGUAUGGCUGGCUCCGGCAAGAGUACCUUCACCGCCAGCCUGCACGACCAUCUGCAUGAAAGGGAAAAGGAACAACAAGAUGAACGAGAGCAGCAGCAGCAAACGGGCGCAUCAGCAUCAGAACCAGCAUCGACGUCGCAGAUCACAGCACCCUACAUGGUCAAUCUUGAUCCUGCUGUUGGCACUCUAGGCUACGAACCCAACGUGGACAUCCGAGAUACCGUCGACUACGCUCGUGUCAUGGAGCAGUACAACCUUGGACCUAACGGCGGUAUUCUGACCGCACUCAACCUUUUUACAACCAAAUUUGACCAGGUGCUCAACAUUCUCGAGAAACGAGCAAAGCAAGUCGACCACAUUGUGCUAGAUACACCGGGUCAGAUCGAGAUCUUUACAUGGUCCGCAUCGGGUUCCAUCGUGACCGAUGCGUUGGCAAGUUCUAUGCCUACCGUGGUAGCUUACAUCAUCGAUACGCCAAGAACGACAGCGCCAGCAACGUUCAUGAGCAACAUGCUCUACGCUUGCAGCAUCUUGUACAAGACAAAGUUGCCCUUCAUCCUCGUGUUCAACAAGACAGAUGCACAGUCGCAUCAGUUUGCGCUCGAGUGGAUGCAGGAUUUUGAAAAAUUUCAGCAAGCUUUGGCCGCUGGAAACGCCACCGAUCCGUCGUCUACUGUGACGCAGCAAGGACUGGAUCCGAGGGCUCGCAACUACGACGCCGAGGGGAGCCAAGGUUACAUGAACAGCCUCAUGAACAGCAUGAGUCUUGUGCUCGACGAGUUUUACAAGAAUCUGAGGGCCGUUGGAGUUUCAUCGGUGACCGGCGACGGCAUGGACGAUUUUCUGGCAGCGGUGCAAGAGGCGCGUCAAGAGUAUCUAAAUGACUAUCGACCCGAGCUGGAACGACUGGCCAAGCAGCGCGAUGCCAAGCGCGAGACCAGCAAGAAGGAGCAACUUGCUCGAUUGAUCAAGGAUAUGAACAUGGGCGGCAAGUCGACAUCAGUACAGGAUAGCAACGUGGCGAAAGUGGUGACCAAGUCAAGCGAAGACUUGUCGCGACACAUUGACGAAGAGUACGAAGGCGACGGACAGAUCAUCGAACCGGACUCGGACGAAGAAAAGCCGCACUACGAAUAUCCAGGGCCAGAAUACGAUCGCGGAGAUGGCACUGUGUGGCCUCGACCCGGCUAG